UUGAUUAAAACAUUAAAAGAAUUAUUCUAGUUAAGUAGGUUUGAAAACGAGGGAAAGAGAAAACAUAGGAAAACAGUGCAAGCAAACAUAUCUUUGCUGACCUAUAUCCUAUACAUAGGGUUGUUUAUACUAAUUUCUUUUCCUACACCAUUCUCUCUGACUCUUGCCCAUUACCUACAGGUUUUUGCUUUUCUGGUUAUCAUCCAUGGAGUUUAUGAGAAUACUGUUGAGUAUACUGGUUCUGAUAUUCCAUGGCAAUACUGGAGUUUUGAGCGAGGCCGGGUUUCUUGUUCUUGAUUACUACAAAGAAGCAUGCCCUUUAGUCGAAGAGAUUGUGAGACGUAAUGUUGAGAUUGCAGUGCUUAGAGAUCCUCGCAUGGCUGCCUCACUCCUUCGCUUACAUUUUCAUGACUGUUUUGUUAUGGGAUGCGAUGCCUCUAUUCUUCUGGACACCUUUGGGGAUAUGGUAAGUGAAAAACAAGCUGGGCCUAACCUGAACUCGGUACGAGGAUUUGGGGUGAUCGACAAUAUCAAGCACUUGGUAGAAGAGGCAUGCCCAUACACAGUCUCAUGUGCUGAUAUUCUAGCCAUAGUUGCUCGUGAUGCUGUUGUAUUGAGGGGAGGGCCUAGAUGGGAGGUUUGGCUAGGCAGGAAAGACUCAUUGAAAGCAAGCUUUGAUGGAGCCAACCAGUUCAUACCUGCUCCAAAUUCCUCACUAGAGACACUCAUCGCCAAUUUUAAGCAACAGGGUCUCGACACAGGAGACUUGGUUACUUUAUCUGGUAGCCACACAAUGGGAAAGGCCAGGUGCGUAAGCUUCAGGCAGAGAAUCUACGAGAAGAGCACAGAAGAAAACUUUGAUUAUUACAAGAGAUACACAACAUUUAGAAGGAUCUUACGGUCCAUAUGCCCAGAAUCAGGGAAAGACGAUGCACUGGGAGCACUUGAUUUCAAGACUCCUACAAGAUUCGACAACUUAUACUUCCAUAAUAUUAUUGAAGGAAAAGGUUUACUACAAUCAGAUAAUGUGUUGGUGAGGGAAGAUCUUGAAGGGGAGAUAAGAGAGCAAGUGCGGGCAUAUGCUUCUGAUCAACAACUUUUCUUUGCUUCAUAUGUGAAUUCAAUUGUGAAGAUGGGAAACAUCAAUGUACUCACAGGGAAUGAAGGAGAAGUUAGAAAAAAUUGUAGGUUUGUGAAUCCUUAGAUGGGGUCCUGAUAAGUGAAUAUUGAAGGUAUGUUUGAUAAUGAUUCUAGAAAGUGUUUUUUGUCUUUGAAAAAAAAAAAAAUUAUAUUUCAAGUACUAGAAAAAUUAGAAACACUUCUUAGAAUCAUUACCACAAAAGCUCUAAAAUUAUUGAUUUAUUAAUUGUAAAUCGGAGAAAGGGAAAGGUUAUUGGCUCUUGUUUUUAGGCUAGGUUAAAACUUACAACCUAGCCCAUAUAUAUUAAUCAAAUCUCCCCAUUUUAUUGGUAGGUGAGAAAUAUC